AUGGCGGGGGACCUCCAAGUUCUGUUCCAGUCGUUACCGCCGGCGCGCAAGCGCCUAAUCGCGGUUGCAGUCCUCGCGGGGGGCAUCACCAUUGGUGCACAGGUCCGCAAGCUUGUACGGCACACCCAGCGGCAGCAGCGGGCCCUAUGUGCCGAAGUGGAGGCCAGCCGGGGUUCCGGGGGAGCUUCCCGCCGGGUUUCGGGUGCCGUACGGAUUGCCGUAGAUAAGCGCUUUCUGCGUCGCUUGUGGCGCAUCCUAUCUAUCUGCGUACCCUCCCCCUGGAGCCGGGAGGCGGGCCUUAUCCUGGCACAGGGCUGUCUGUUAGUUAGUCGUACAUUACUAACCGACUACAUCAGCCGCAUAGAGGGUUACUGCGGCAGUACGCUGGUCGGUCAGCAGUUUGACAAGUUCUGGCACGCACUCGGGGCCUUUUCCGUCAUCGGUGUGCCCGCGGCCCUGGUUAACAGCGGCCUCAAGUACAUGCAAAAACAGAUUGAGUUGGCCUUUCAACAGAGGCUCACCACCUUCCUGCACCACCAGUACUGCAGCAACCGCGCCUACUACGCGGCCAGCACCCUCGGCGGGCUGACACACGCGGAUCAGCGGAUCACGGAGGACGUGGAGAAGUUCGCCGCCUCCAUCAGCGAGCUGUACGCGCACACCUUCAAGCCGCUGCUGGAUGUGGUUCUCUUCACCCGCAGCCUCUCCCGUACCAUGGGCUAUCGCGGGCAGUUUCUGUUGUACGGCUAUUACGUGGCGGUUGCCUACCUGUUGCGGGCCAUUUCGCCCCCCCUCGCCUCCAUGACGGCGCAGGAGGCCGCCCUGAGUGGGGCGUUCAGGGCCGCGCACCAGCGCCUGGUAACCUGCAGCGAGGAGGUGGCCUUCAACGACCCCCCCGCCGGGGCGGCCGAGCAGCUGGUCCUCAACCUGCAUCUUCGGCGGCUGUUGCGGUACACGGGGCUGUCGGCGCUGUUGAGGGGGAUCCAACAAGUGGCCGAUGGGUAUUUUGUAAAGUACUUUGCCAGUGUGACGGCUCUGUUGGUGUACGCGAUGCCCAUCUACAUGGCCGACCCCGCGACCCGUGGGUCACAAGGGGAGCUCACUCGCGACUAUAUCCGGUCCAUGAGGCUGUUGCAAAACACGAGCAGGGGUGUGGGCGACCUUAUCCUGGUGUACAAGCGCGUCACUGCAUUGGCCUCUCACACGUCCCGGGUUUCGGAGCUGUUGGAGCAGGUGGCGCGAUUAGUAGGAGAGGACGCCGAGCACCGCGAGCUGUUCCGCAAGAACGUGUCAGUUAAUCAUUUUCUGGGUUUGUCGGAGCCGUACCAUGCGCCGGGAGAGCCGGUUGUGCCGUACGAGCCCCCCCCGCCCCCCAAGCGGUCCCUCGGCGACACGCUUCGGUUCCACCGUGUGGCUCUGGACUCUCCGGACGGCACUCCUCUUAUUCGGGAGCUCAGCUUCGAGGUGUUGCAGGGGAAGAGCGUAUUGCUGAUGGGCCCCAACGGCUGCGGAAAGAGCUCCCUCUUUCGGGUCCUGGCCGGGCUGUGGCCGCUGCAGGCCGGGGAGAUUACCACCCCCGCCAAGGGCAAGGUGUUCUACCUGUCACAGAGGCCGUACCUGGUCUCCGGCACGCUCCGAGACCAAAUCCUCUAUCCCAACCCACCAAGGUCUGUAUGGCGAGGCGCCACUCCCGCAGAACACGCCCACUUCGUGUCGGAGGCGGGUUGGGUUCCCCCCUCUGCGGCCCCCGACCUGGACUCCUCCCUGGAGAGCUGCCUCAGGUCGGUGGAGCUCGAGUACUUGCUGGCGAGGCACGGCUGGGAUGCCGUACACAACUGGAAUGAAGUGCUAUCUGGGGGGGAGAAGCAGCGCCUGGCGAUGGCGCGGCUUUUGUACCACAAACCACAAUACGCCGUACUGGACGAGUGUACGAGCGCUGUGAGCGCCGACGGCGAGCUCCGGCUGUACAGCGAGUGCCUGCGUGCUGGCGUUACGUUUUUGUCGAUUGCGCACCGCCCCGCUUUGAAACGCUUUCACUCGGCGGUCAUUCAUUUCGAUGCCAACGUCUCCAAAACCGGCCGAGGAUGGUGGAGCGAGACUCUGCCUGAGCCCGGCGCCGGCGGCGGCCCUCCAGCUGCCUCAGCGGGCAGCGCCCCGGCGUCUCUGAUGCCGUCGUACAUCCCUGGCGGCGGCGCCGCCGCCGCCGCCGCCGCCGCAAGCGGCGGCGGCGGUCCUGGCAAGUCGUUGGUUCCGCCGCGGGUCGGCGGUUACUCCGUGGGUAACUGA